GGCGCAAAAUGUGCAGAAGCCUCCGACUCUCACUCUCUCUCUCUCUCUCCUUUGACACACAUACAAAGGCACAGACGCAAAAAUGGCGUCGUUGGCACCGACUCUUUCUUGUACAAUUUCCCGCCUAAAUCUUUUGGCAGAAUUAUCACAUAAUCAUCACCGUACAAUCAGAUUUUUCAGAACGUUAUCAUCAAAAUCAAGACCACAAAAAUCGUUCUAUCCUCGUAGAUCAUUCAAGUCUUCAUUUUCGUCGGCCAAUUUUGAGUCUACUAGUUCGAUUUGUUCGAAAGCCCUCGGUUCGAACCCCGUUUUCAAUGAUAAUCUGGUCGUUCUGGGAAUCGAGACAAGCUGCGACGACACUGCGGCAGCUGUUGUUAGAAGUAAUGGUGAAAUCCUCAGCCAAGUUGUAUCUUCUCAGGCAGAUCUGCUUGCACGGUAUGGAGGAGUAGCUCCUAAAAUGGCAGAAGAAGCUCAUUCCCAGGUGAUUGAUCAGGUGGUACAGGAUGCACUUGAUAAUGCUAACUUGACUGAGGCAGAUCUUUCUGCAGUUGCAGUUACUAUUGGUCCUGGGCUAAGCCUGUGUCUACGAGUUGGAGUGCAGAAAGCUCGAAAAAUUGCUGCUAGUUACCAGUUGCCUAUUGUUGGUGUGCAUCACAUGGAAGCUCAUGCUUUAAUAGCUAGGUUGUGUGAAAGAGAUUUGCAGUUUCCUUUCAUGGCUCUUCUUAUCUCAGGAGGACAUAACCUUCUAGUUCUUGCACAUGAUCUUGGCCAUUACUUACAACUUGGGACCACUAUCGAUGAUGCAAUAGGUGAGGCAUAUGACAAGACCGCAAAGUGGCUUGGCCUUGAUUUGAGGAGGAGUGGGGGGGCAGCCAUUGAGGAGCUUGCUCGACGGGGUGAUGCUGAAUCUAUAAAUUUAUCUGUUCCAAUGAAACAACAUAAAGAUUGCAACUUCUCAUAUGCUGGUCUAAAGACUCAAGUGAGGCUUGCAAUUGAAUCCAAAAAUAUUGAUGCUGGGAUCCCCUUCUCUUCUGCAAGUAUUGAAGAGCAAGGCCUACGAGCUGAUAUUGCUGCCUCUUUUCAGAGGGUUGCUGUAUUGCAUCUAGAAGAACGGUGUGAACGAGCUAUUCAAUGGGCAUUAGAGAUUGAGCCGUCAAUUAAACAUUUGGUCGUUUCAGGAGGUGUUGCCUCAAAUCAGUAUGUGAGGGCUCGGCUCCAUGAAGUUGUUGCAAAGAACUCCCUUCAACUCGUUUGCCCUCCUCCAAGUCUUUGCACUGAUAAUGGUGUAAUGAUUGCUUGGACCGGCAUCGAGAACUUUCGCUUGGGAAGAUUCGAUCCUCCGCCACCUGCUAUUGAACCUGAGGACUGUCAGGUUGAUUUGAGGCCAAGGUGGCCGUUGGGAGAGGAAUACGGUAGAGGAAGAAGUGUAGCUCGGUCAAUGAGAACGGCUCGGAUCCAUCCAUCGCUUACUUCACUUACCCAAGCUUCUCGACACUAACAUUCAUAAUCACCACAAGCCCGCUCGGGUUUGUAUUAUUGCUUGCGCCAUUUCGGAAAAGAACAGGAAAUUGUUUUGUUUACAAAUGAACCCAUAUUAAACGAGUCUUUUGUAACAUUUAUAGCUUUAUAAAACAAACUCUAUCUUGGAACAUAAAAUAAGAGUUAUUGUAUUUAU